GGUUUAGGUCCCUAAUGCACGCAUUCAUCUCGCAAGUCGAGAGGAUUUGAUUGUUGAGCUCGUGAAAUCAGGGCAUAUCCACGCAACGCCAUGACGUAGGGGAAAGGACGGAGGAGGAACUUGAACUUGCUGACAGUGAGGAAGCUGCACCAAUCCUGCAGAAGACUGAAGACUGAAUCUGUACCUUGUAAGUUGUAGCCUGUGUAAGGACUUGCAGGGCGACCAUUUGAGGCCGAGCAAUUGGAGGGGACUCCCACUUUUUUGUUGGCUCCCUUGCACGAGCUUUCACUCUUCACUUCGGUACACGAUUGAGGGUGCAGCCGGAAAUUGCGCAAGGGUUGAUUAUCCUGCGAUCAACCCCUGAACCCCCCAUGCUGUGAGCAUGUCCGCAAAGAACAGCCCUGUCACUUCGCGCCGCAGCAGCGGCCCGCUCCCCACUCUUGAAACGGGGGGAGACUCCCCGCAGCCCCGUCUUGCCCGCCGACAGAGCCUUCCCGCCGACCCGAACGGCACUUCGCUUGAGCGCUUACCCGAACACAUUCUCGGGAUGCGUACCAGCCUGCCAAGGGAUGUGUUAGAGGAACCCGAAGUAGAGGGGACUCCCGAAGCGGGGGCCGCCGUCUACCCAGCGGGCCCGAAGCCCGUGGCGGGGGUUUUAGAGAAGUGGGUUAACUUUGGGAAGGGCUGGCGCCAGCGCUGGUUUGUGCUCGAGCGCGGACUGCUGUCCUAUUAUAAGCUGUCGGGCCCUGAUAAGGUGUCGAUUGCCGAGGAGCGCUUACGGCAUGCGGCGCUGCAUAUUCUGGGCAAGGAGGCGCACAAGGACGUGCAUGAGGCGCGGAAGUCGGGGUUGGGCGGGAAUGGCACCCCGCCCCGCCCGCUCGGGUCCGUGCACAUGAUGCUGGCGAGCAUCCGCGAAAGCGCGGCCGACGAGAAGAAGUUCUACGUGCACACGGGGACAAAGACGCUGCAUUUGCGCGCGCAGAGCCGGGAGGACCGCGCACUAUGGGUCCAACAGCUGCGCGAAGCAAAGGCGCUGUUCAUGGAUCAGCGGGGGCUGCUCCCCCCCGCGGGGACGCCGCUCCAGGACAGUUUAGCCGAGAUGCUGGAAAAGCUGAGGGUCGUGUUGGCGGGGAGCGUGGAGCAGGGGAAGAUGGAUGCGGUGGAAGAGUUGGUGAAGGAGGAGGCAGGCGUGUGGCAGGGGCGGCUGCAGGCGGAGCGCGAGAAGAGGCGGAUGCUACUGGAGUAUGUGAGGACGCUGGAAGCGGACAAGGUGGAGCUCGAGACGGCAGUGCUGGACCACGAGGAGGAGCGAGUGCAAGGCGUGCGCGCCACGCACGGCGGCGAAGACGCCGACUCCGAGGACGAUGACGACGCGGGCGGGAAAGACGACGUCGGGAACGAUUCCGACGCCGACGAUCUGGACGACACGUCGCAUGACAAGUUCUUCGACGCUGCGGACGAUUUUGUUGCGACGGACAAGGUCCGGAAGUCGCUCUCACGCAAGAACCUGCCGCAGAUGCUGGAGGAAGCCCCGACAGGGGGGUCGGGGCACCCGUCUCCGGGGGGGGGGAGGAGCGGGAAAGUUGUGCGGCGGACGCAGCUCCCGAUGCCGGUGCAGGAGGAGAAGAGCGCGAGCCUGUGGAGCAUCAUCAAGGACAACGUCGGGAAGGAUCUGCAGAAGGUGUGCCUUCCCGUGUACUUCAACGAGCCGAUCUCCGCACUGCAAAAGUGCUGCGAGGAUCUGGAGUACACGGAGCUCCUCGACCGUGCGUACGAGGCCGGGCGCGCGGGGGAUCCCCUGACACGUGUCCUCAAUGUGGCCGCGUUCGCGGUGUCUGGGUACGCGGCCACCGAGGGCCGCACGCGCAAGCCGUUCAAUCCGCUGCUCGGAGAGACGUACGAGGCGGAACGGCCGGAACAGGGCAUCAAAUUCAUCAGCGAGAAAGUGAGCCAUCACCCGACAAUCGUGGCAUGCCAUUGCUCGGGACGCGGGUGGCGCUUCUACGGGGACUCCAACGUGAAGAGCAAAUUCUGGGGGCGCUCCAUCCAGGUGGAUCCGGUCGGCAUCUUGACGCUCGAGUUCGACGACGGGGAGGUUUAUCAGUGGUCCAAGGUGACGACGUCGAUCUACAACCUGAUCAUCGGCAAGCUGUACGCCGACCACUACGGGACGAUGCGCAUCCAGGGCAACGGCGAGCUGUCGGCCAAGGUCAAGUUCAAGGAGCAGUCCAUCAUGGACCGCAACCCGCACCAGGUGCGCGGCGUGGUGACCAACCGGGCGGGCGUCAAGCUGGCGACCAUCUUUGGCAAGUGGGACGACGCGCUCUACUUCGUGGAGGGGGAUCCCCACGAGAAGAAGCUCGAGACGCUGAGCACCAGCCAGCUGCUCUGGCAGCGCGCGCCGCCGCCCGAGCCCGCAGACCGCUACGGCCUCUCACGCUUUGCGAUCACGCUCAACGAGAUCACGCCGGGGCUCCAGGAGAAGCUCCCCCCCACCGAUGGCCGGCUGCGGCCGGACCAGCGCGCCCUGGAGAACGGCGAGUACGACGUCGCCAACUCGGAGAAGCUGCGGCUGGAGCAGAAGCAGCGCGCGGCCCGCAAAAUGCAGGAGGGCGGGUGGAAGCCCCGGUGGUUCACACCGGACGAGAGAAGCGGCACGUUUUUGUACCAGGGGGGGUACUGGGAGUCUCGGGAGAAGGGCGACUGGCAGGGUUGCAGAGAUAUAUACGGCUUGUAAGACAAAACAAUUCCGUCCUCGUGCUGAGUAUCAAAGACGAGAAUACUACUUUACCGGACUUAACCACUAUUCUGGCCAAGCGACCGCCUCCGGCCCUUGUAAGAACACACGAUGUGGCACCACCAUAGGUAAUCAAGCUUUGAUUCAUGGGUAUGGUGUCCGAAGUGACACGCGGUGCUUGUAUGUCGUACAGUUCAGUUUUUCGUUAUCUACAUCAAUUUCGAUGCCAAAGCUGGUCUAUAAGGGAAAAGCGACAACAGUGCUUGAGCAAUUGUUGCUUCUAGUUUUAGUUUUCGAUUGACAUUGAGAAAUCUUGUUGACUUGAUGAACCCUUUGCGGGCCU